CAGAAAGUAUGCCUUCAAGUGCAACACGUUUACAGUUUACGAUCUGUUAAAACUAAAUGGCCUUCCAUCGAUCCCAAGACAACCCUUAUCUAUUCAAUGGAGACUUUGUGGACAGAGGCUCGUUCUCGGUGGAAGUCGUUUUGACACUGUUUGGGUUCAAGGCCCUCUAUCCUAACCACUUCCAUUUGUCCAGAGGCAACCACGAGAGUGAAACGAUGAACAAAAUGUACGGGUUUGAGGGAGAGGUGAAGGAGAAAUAUAGCUCACAAAUGGUCGAACUUUUCACUGAAGUCUUCAACUACUUGCCCCUGGCUCACAUCAUAGGUGGCAAGAUCCUGGUGACUCAUGGUGGGCUCUUCAAGGACGAUGAUGUGUUACUAGAUGACAUCAGAAAGGUGGACAGAGACAGACAACCUCCGGAAGAUGGUAUAAUGUGCAAUCUUCUCUGGUCUGAUCCACAAAUGCUGAAUGGACGGUCCCCUAGUAAGAGAGGAGUGGGUACUCAGUUCGGGCCCAAUGUCACAGAAGAUUUCCUCUCAAGAAAUGGACUAGAGCUGGUAAUUCGCAGUCAUGAGGUGAAACCAGAAGGAUAUGAAGUCAGUCACAAUGGAAAGUGCAUCACAGUGUUUUCAGCACCCAACUAUUGUGACCAAAUGGGCAACAAAGGAGCGUUCAUCACACUGACUAAAGACCUGAAACCAGAAUUUACAGUCUACGAGGCAGUGCCUCACCCCAAGGUCAAAGCGAUGCAGUACGCAAGUCCACUGUUUGGACUACUGUCAUGAAUUACUAGUGGUCUCAUUGAAUUUUUAUGUUUUAUAACUACAAACUUAUGUUAUACAAAAUCUUUAUUGAAUAUAAAAACCAAAUUGAA